AUGAGGGCAGCCACUGAACUCCUCACUACCUUCGCUUCGGCUCUGAAAAUCAUUCAUGAUCGUCUAUCCGAACGACUGAGGACGCCGCAAAUCGCAAUUGUCUGUGGUUCCGGCCUUUCGACAUUAGGGGCGUCUAUGAGGGAGAGAACCAUAAUUGCAUAUGCAGAUAUUGAAGGUCUCGCCACCAGCACGGUACCAGGACAAAUUAGUGCGUUGGCAUUCGGUCUGAUAGGCGAAGGUGAAGGUGUCCCCGUGGUCGCAAUGCUCGGACGAUUUCAUCCGUACGAAGGCUACCAGCUAUCUCAAGUGGUCUACCCCAUUCGCCUAUUGGCUUUAUUAGGAGUAAAGGACAUCAUAAUCACGAAUGCCGCUGGUGGCCUCAACCCGUCAAACCCUGUUGGGACAAUCGUCGUGGUUCACGAUCACAUUGCUUUGCCCAAUUUAACUGGACCGCUAAACGCACUACUAGGACCCGUCCUAACACCUCCUUUCGACACACGCUUCGUCCCCCUUUCUAAUGCUUAUUCAUUCUCACUCCGCAAGCUUGUCUUUAAGGCUGCUUACAACCUAGGCCUCCCUCGAGAUGCACUUGCCGAGGGGACGUAUGCAUGGGUUAGCGGCCCAACAUAUGAAACUCCUGCAGAGGGCCGAUUCUUGCGCAGCAUCGGUGCCGACGUCGUCGGAAUGAGUACCAUCCCUGAAGUGGUAGCUGCUUGUCAAGCAGGGUUGCAAGUCAUUGUUCUGUCAUUGGUAACUAAUGUAGUCGUAAUCCCUGAAACCUACGCCUCUCCGAGAGAAGAAUUUGAAGCAGAGCUCGCUGGGAGGUUUGUCCCACCUGCGACUCAACAUGAGGUAACACAUGCCGAAGUGUUGGAAGUCGGUCGCCAUAAAGCGGAAGUAAUGAAGCAGCUUGUCGAAGCAGUCGUGGUGGCACGAGAUGCCGAGAGAAAGCAGGCGACCUAGAGUUCUACUCGUUAUAAUGCCAUCCCUUACUAGAGUGCUCGCCUUGCUUCCCCGGCCCCUUCGAUGUAUAAGAGCUUUCCUUUGUCUAAUCUUUCAUCUUACCACUUCCUUCGUCAUCAUUCUUAUGUCUUAUUCAUCUCCCCCUCCUAGCCUCGCUGCCGUACUCGAACAGUGAGUGGCAUGCAUGAGUGAUUGAAGAAAUAACCGAAAUAACCGAAAUAAAUGAAUGACCGGAGAAAAUAUUCGCACGGUCAGAAGUUACGUAAUUGUGGGCUGGGGAAGUGGCUCUGCCGUGCAGAUAAUUUGUACUCUAUUUGUUAUCCCCGUUAUCAGGUGGCAGUACGUGCAUGAGGGAAGGCGGCAGGCCCCGGGGCGGUAGUGGCGGUGGUGCGGCGGUGGCCUCGCGGUGGUAGCGGCGGUGGUGGGCCCCGCG